CUGAAUACAGAAGUAAGCCGUCGUCAUUUUGUUUUGUUUUCCUUGUCGGAAAUGCGCAGCAAAACUGCUUUAAUGCGACGCCGUUUGUGAUUAAAGACACUUUUUUUUGGUGCUAACUUUGGAACUUUAAAGCAGGCGCAGCUCCUUCGAGAGAUGGAGGAGUUGUACACUUUAGAAAAGGAGGUCGGGCGUGGUAGCUAUGGCGUUGUCUUUGAGGGCCAUAUAGCCAAAACAGGACAGCGGGUGGCUGUGAAGCGUCUGUCCUGCAAGAACGCAGAAUGCAUAGAACUCUACUUGCAGGAGUUGUGGGCCAUGAGAGCCACAGCCCAGAACCAUGCAAAUAUCAUCGCGCUGCACAGCUGCCUCCUGCAGACCGGGAGGAGAAGUUUGAAACCUCUGAAAAAGGGCAAGCUGCCUCUGCAUCUAGUGGAAAGUGUGCUGAAAGGGACUGUUGUGGGGACAUUGCCACACGGACAGGAGACAGGUUCCCGGUCUAACUCUGGACGGAGAGCCGAGUCUGAGUCCAGACUUCAAGACAGGACCAACACUCUCCCAUCAAACGCUUCAACACCACAAAAGCCUCCAAACAGACCCAGGAAGAGGUCGUCUUGGAGGGAAGACGAGCAGCCCCUGAGUUACUCUGCCCUUUGGCUCGUGAUGGAGUACUGUGACGGAGGAGACUUGAAUCACUACCUACUGUCCAGACCACCUGACGCCCAGCGGAACCACGAUGUGGUGCAGCAGCUCAGCAGUGCUGUGGCCUUCCUGCAUCACCUGGGUAUCAUCCAUCGAGACCUGAAGCCUGACAACGUGCUUGUCAGCAUCAAACCAAACGGCCCUGUUUUUAAGGUGGCAGACUUUGGUCUGAGCAAGAUGAGUGAAGGCAUGCUGGAUGGUGAUAUGACCAUGAAGCAUUUCUCCUCGACCUGUGGCUCAGACUUCUACAUGGCUCCAGAGGUGUGGGGGGGACUGCCCUACUCGGCCCAGGCAGACAUCUUCUCGCUGGGCGUGAUGUUCUGGGCCGUCCUGGAGAGAAUCACCUUCUUGGAGGACGGAACCACCCAGGAACAGCUGGACGACCGUGUGUGUGUCCAUCUCCCCACAAGCCGCGUGAGAACCAUUUCCUAAAUGCAACAUUAAUGAAGAUGAAUAAGAAGCUGAUGCAGGUCAACUUGAAAUGAAAGUCAAUCAUGUUCUCAUGUGUGUGGCGGCGUUUGAAUCCACGAGAUCGUACGGCCCGCUUCAUAAUGAAAUGCUUAUUCCACAAAUGUCUCAUUUCCUUCAGGAAAAAUGGCUGUGGCCAGAACCGAGCCGCUGGUGGCGGUGAUGUCAACCGUUUUCCCCCAGAGUUAAGUGCCCGAGUCAUUGAUGCUCUGACGAGGCUGGAUGAAAAUGCUUAUGAGUGGGUUGGUGGGGGUUCAGUAGCUUCCCCGCAAAAAGAAGCCAAAUGGAAUUUCGCGGAUCACGAAUCUCCUUGUUUGAUCAUGUGAGUAGCAGCCGGAGGAAUAUACUUUCUUUGACUCGCACACUUAUUCCACUAAGCAACUGGGUGAGGAUCAUAUUGUCGCAAGUUAGCAUGCAACUAGCCAUUAUUUUAGAUGUCGAUUUGUCAUCG